AUGGCGAAUACGAAAAUUGCCAACAUAUCUAGCAAUUUUACUAACAUAUUGGUAAUAGGUGGAUCUUAUGCUGCUAUAUCAUUUAUUGAUAAUUUUAUUACAAUGAUUCAAGGUGAGAAUGCCUUACCAUUACAAACGAAUGGAAGAAAAUUCUCUAUUACAAUGAUUGAGCCCAAAUCAGGAUUUUUAAAUGUCAUUGGAAUGCCUCGCGCAAUCCUUGAUAUAGAGUUUGCAAAGUCUCAAUACAUUGCAUUUAAUAAGCUUAAAGGCAUUGAAUUCGAUAAUAUGUUCGAAUCUGAAAAUGUGACAAAAAGAGCAACGACAAACAGCAAAAUAGGCCUUGAAUUAAAUUAUAUUCAGGGGAAAGUCACGAAAUUGGACUCAAAAAGUGCUGAGUACGAAAUGGAAAUGGUGCCGCAGGCUACUUCUCUUCAAUUUAAUUACGUAGUGUUGGCAUCAGGCAGAAAUAGAUCUCCUCCAAUAUCUCCCGAGUCUUUAGAUGAGAAUUCAUUUAUAAAUGAAGCAAGCGACUUCAAAAGGAAAGUGGAAAUAUCUGACAAAAUAUCAAUUAUUGGAGCUGGUGCAGUAGGAAUUGAGGUUGCAGCUGAAAUAAAACAUUAUCAUCCUGAAAAGACAGUUAAUUUAAUUCAUCCAUAUUUACUGUUUCCACCUGAACCCCUUUCUUCUAAAUUUAAGGAAUCAGCUCAUGCAUCUUUAAAAGAUGCCGGUGUAAACAUUGUUCUUGAAACCAGGAUUGAUAAAGAAUUAGCUAAUGGUAAUUUAGAAACUGAUGAUGGCAAAACUAUUGAAUCGCAAUUUAAUUAUUGGACUAGCGGCAAAAAGAACAAUAUUAGUAUGCUCGCUAAGAAUAUGCAAGAUAAAUAUGUCUCUAAGAGUGGAAAUUUGUUAACCAACGAAUAUCUACAACUAUGCAAUUCUAAAGAUAUAAUUAAGAACAUCUUCUGCAUUGGAGAUAUAGUUGAAUUGCCUGUUAUUAAAACUGCGGGAUGGGCAAACCAAAUGGGUAUAAUAUGUGCAGCGAACAUUUCUAGUUUAUUGAACAAUAAACAAGCCGAGAAGACUCUACCAAAAGAUAAGCUUGAAACUCAGAAUAUGGUACUUUUAUCAGGUAACCGUGACCUUAUAAGUGAAGUGGAUGGUCAAGUCGAAAUAAAUAAAGAUCGUUUCGUUGAAGAGUACAAAGAUUACUGCUUGAGUAAAGUAAAGAGGAAGUUACAUGUUUAA